UCUUCACGGCUUUCUUUCUUGGGAUAAAGAUAAGUCAUCAAGAAAGAGACAGGGAUCCUUCCUCUCUUCUAUUCUGUUCUAUCCACUGCAUGCAGCACCCUUCUGUUUCCAGUUUAAAUUCUACUAAUAAGCUUUCUUCUUUCUACACUAAAAAUCCUUUCUUCUUUCUACACUAAAGAUAAGCUUUCUUCCAGAGGAGGAGGAGACGGAAAAGACGAAAAUCCACAUGUUUGUUACUUGUUAGUCAGCUGACAAUCAGUUAGUGCUCUUCUUUCCCGUCCCAUGAAGAAGAAAAUCGCAGCUUAUACUGUCCGCCAUGAUCGAUAUUCUUCCUCCUCCUUUUGUUACUCGACUCGACAAGGAGAAAAGUGGAAACGAAAAGAGCACCCCCUCCUUUCGUUACUAGUCUGCUCGUGCAGUUGCAGGAUGCAGCCCCCCUGGCCCCAAGUCCAAGUAAGCGAAAAUCCUUCAUCAGAUUAAACUAGAUUAGUCGCGGAUCCCCACUUGCCGCUUCCUUCCUGCUUGGGUUUCUUCCGAGACUAGCCAAUGCCUCUCCCAAACCUCCCUCCCCUCUUCGGUUUCCUCCUCGCCGCCGCCUAGGCCUACUGCACAGCCGUCUUCUUCUUCUUAUCCCUGCUUCGUCCGUCUCCAGGUCGGUUGAUCCAUCGGCCGCUGUUUAGUGUCUUGCUGCCCCCCUCAGGCCGCUAAUCAAGACAACCUGUCGCCUACUGUCACCGGCAGAUCUGGAUGGUGCCCUUCCCUGCUGCCGGGUAUCGCGAGGAUCGCCGCUCCAGCCAAGAACAAGCGCUCACCUCAGCCUUGAGGUACGGAUGAUGCUAGUGCUGGAGAGGUCCCCAAGUCUUGGUCUUUUCGUCGGCCGGAAUCGCCGCCAUCUCGGACUCACCAAAGCUCCGGCUCGCUUUCUCCACUUGGACGCCACAAUGCCGCCGACAUUAUAAAUUGCCUAAUCAUAUGCAGCGCAGCUGAACUGGACCGGACGAUGCUCUGGCCAAGAUUCAGAUGCCCAUCCAGACGCCAUUUUCCCCCCAUCUCCAUGCGCCGCCUCCUGCUCCUGGUGCUCGCCGCCGCGCCCGCCGCCGCCACCGCCGGCGAAAUGGGGUACACGCAUUGCGCCUGCGACGGCGGAGGCGGCGGCGGCGGCGGCGGAUUCUGGAGCCUGGACAACAUCUUCAAGUGGCAGAAGGUCAGCGACCUGCUCAUCGCCGCGGCCUACUUCUCCAUCCCCCUCGAGCUCCUCUACUUCGUCGCCGGCCUCCGCCACCUGCUCCCGUUCCGGUGGGUGCUGGUCCAGUUCGGCGCCUUCAUCGUGCUCUGCGGCCUCACCCACCUGCUGGCGGCCUUCACCUACGAGCCCCACCCGUUCAUGGUCGUGCUGCUCCUCACUGCCGCCAAGUUCCUCACGGCGCUCGUCUCCUUCCUCACCGCCAUCACGCUGCUCACGCUCAUCCCGCAGCUGCUGCGCGUCAAGGUCCGCGAGAGCCUGCUCUGGAUCAAGGCCCACGAGCUCGACCGCGAGGUGGUGCUUAUGAAGCGCCAGGAGGAGGCGAGCUGGCACGUUCGCAUGCUCACCCAGGAGAUCCGCCGCUCCCUCGACCGCCACACCGUGCUCUACACCACGCUUAUCGAGCUCUCGAGGGUGCUCGCCCUCAACAACUGUGCCGUCUGGAUGCCCUCCGAGGACAAGUCCGGAAUGUGCCUCACCCACGAGCUCCGCCGGGGCAGCGACGGCGAAGCCAUCGUCAGCGCCGACGACGCGGACGUCCUCAAGGUCAAGGGAAGCGAUGGCGUCAAGUUGCUGCCGCCGGAGUCGGUCCUUGGGUCGGCCAGCGGCGGCGGCAAGGAGGGGACCGGCACGGUGGCUGCGAUUCGGAUGCCGAUGCUCAAGGUUGCUGACUUCAAGGGUGGAACGCCGGAGGUGAUCCAGACGAGCUAUGCCGUGUUAGUUUUGGUGCCGCCCAGUGACAGGAACUGGGCACCGCACGAGCUGGAGAUCGUCGAGGUGGUCGCCGAUCAGGUGGCCGUCGCGCUCUCGCACGCCUCGCUGCUCGAGGAGUCGCAAGCAAUGCGCGACAGGCUGGCCGAGCAGAACCGCGAGCUGCUGCAGGCGAGGCGGGACACCCUCAUGGCGAAUGAGGCCAGGGACGCGUUCCAGCGCGUCAUGAGCCAGGGGAUGAGGAAGCCCAUCCACUCCAUCCUGGGACUGGUGUCCGUGGUGCAGGAGGAGGGCCUAACGUCCGAGCAGAAGCUCGUCAUUGACACUAUGGCGCGGACAGCUACCGUUGUCUCGACGCUCAUCAACGAUGUCAUGGAGAUGUCCGCUGUCAACCAGGAGCGCUUCCCGCUGGAGACACGGCCAUUCCACCUGCACUCCAUGAUCAGGGAUGCCGCCUGCGUGGCGAGGUGUCUCUGUGACUUCAGGGGGUUUGGUUUCACGGUGCACGUCGAGAAUACGCUGCCAGACCUUGUCAUUGGCGACGAGCGACGGAUUUUCCAUGUCUUGCUGCACAUGGUUGGCAAUUUGAUUGGUCGGAUCAAUGCUGGGAAUGUCACGUUCCGGGUGCGUGCUGAUGAUGAGGCGAUGGAGGACCAGAGGUGGGAUCCAUGGAGGCCAAGCUACUCCGGUGGGCACUCGUCGGUUAAGUUUGUGAUUGGGGUGAAGAGGCAGGAGAGUGCUGACUCAUCAAGCUCGCUUGCACAGUUCUUGCGGAAGCCAAGCACUGAGGGGUUUGAUCUCAGGCUCAGCUUCAGCAUGUGCAGGAAGCUUGUGCAGAUGAUGCAAGGAAACAUCUGGGCAAUUCUUGACGGCCAAGGUCUCCCAGAGAGCAUGACCCUGGUCCUGAGAUUCCAGCUGCAACCAUCGCUCUCGGGCUCCAGCCUCAGAGGAUCAUUUGAUCUUCAGUACCCAUCGCCAUCAAGCCAAAUCGCAGGCCUGAAGGUUCUGCUCAUCGAUGAUGACGACAUCAACCUAGUCGUGGCUCGUAAGCUUCUGGAGAAGCUUGGCUGCACUGUGUCCUCACUCCCCUCAGGUUCAGGGUUCAUGAACUCCGUCGGGCCCACCUCUACCUUGUUCCAGCUCGUUGUGGUCAACCUGGAGAUAACAGCAGUAAAUCCCUUGGAUGUUGCCUCGAGGAUCAGGCAGUACAGGAGCACGCAGUGGCCUUUGGUCAUGACGAUGACAUCAGAGCAUAACGUGUGGGAGAAGUGCGCCCAGUCAGGGAUCAACGGCGUCCUGAAGAAGCCACUUGUUCUGCAGGAAAUAAAAGAUGAGCUGACACGAAUCCUUCAGAACACAUGAGGUUUCUUUUGCUGUGCGCCAAGAGAUCUGAUCUGUGUUGCCGUGACCGACAAUGCCACCAUCCAGCAUAGCAGGGGUAAGAACUCGACAGAUGUUUGCUCAGAAUGGCCACGAUGACGCCGAGAAGGCAUUGGCUGUUGAGGGUUUCUGGUGUAUGGUGUCCUUGCUGGAGAAUGUGUGGAAGAGUAAAUACUAGUGCAAUGGCAAUGUGCCAUGAUGAGUCUUCGAGAUGGGGGAAGUAUUGGCACCUGAAGAAAGAGUGUGUGAUACUGAAAAGUGUCCUUCAUAGAAAAUUAGGUGAUACUAAUGACGAUCAGCACAGGCAAUAAUAAGGCUGAAUGUUUUGGGGGAAAACGAAGCAGAAUUGUAAUUUAGGAAGUGAAGAAUCAUCCGAAAAUGAAACAUUGGUGCUGGGGAGCAGAAAAUGUGUGCAGGAGUGAUGUGUGCAUGUGUCCCUCUGAUGAGCAGAUUGCCGAUCUCAGCCACUCGUAUCGGAAUGAAAGAAAAAUAGGCCUAGACUAGAUAGAAGAAUAACUUGUUUGAUUGUUGCUGGUAGCACAUAGGUUUCCAUGGAAUCAGCGUGCCGCUGCCCACUGGUGAUGGUUUAGCUGUUAAUCUACUCUGUGCUGCUUAAAAUCGCUACCGGAGGUGGUGGUUGGUUCCUUGCUCUUGCAUUAUAGUUGACUCGGGUCGAAAAGAGAUGAACAGAGCAGACAUGUAUCUCGAGCUUAGAAGUGGCCAUGUGGGGAGCUUAGCGAUAUGUGGGGAGGAGGAUCGAGACGACGAUGAAGUUGGUAGGAAAGCACCAGGGCCGCGUUAUCCGAUCGAUCGCGAUUCACCCAGACUCCCGCCUCCACCUCUCUUCAUCGCCUCCGUAUCAGCCGCGCGGUCACGGCGUCGCCGCCGGGAAGCCUCCGAGUACAGUAAAAAUCAGGAUUCUCUGGCAUCCGAAUCGCCACCAAAGAAUCUGCCAAAUUCCAACAUUGCGAUCGAGUAGGUCGCGGCGGCUGCAAUCGGAUGAGGAGGCGGAAUCCGAGUGACCCGUCGAUGGAGCACCGACUCCGAGUCCAUGCAUGGAUCCGCAGCCGUGGGCUCUACUACUUUAUAUUUCCCGCAAGCGCCGGCGCAAAAUUGAUUGAUUAAUUCACUCGCAAAGUUGUUCGAGUUGUUGGAGGUUGCAGGACGACAGCCAGGCAAAAUUGAUUGAUUACUUCACUCGCAAGCUGUGGAGGCCUCCUGCCCCAGGGAUGGAUGCCGACGCGUCCCUCGCACUCGCAGCAGGAUUGUUCACCUGUUCAUCCCACCUUUCUGCAACCUUUCAAGCUAGUUGCUGUAUAAUCUAAUCCCUAGCUAACCAGUUGGUGUACUUGAGCUCGCCUCUGUCUGUGUAUAAUUCUCUCUUUAUAAAUUAUACAAGUCCUGGGUUUUUUU